AAAAAAAGUAAGAGCUCUCACUCUGUCCACACCCGGUGACACCUGGUAGGAGCUUUCACGCAUACGAUCUUUUCUCCACAUCACUCUGAUACUAUUUCAUUUGAGAGAAUAUCAUGUGUUUUACUUUUUAGAUUCGUGUUAAUAAAAGGAGAUGAGAGACAAACUGUAGUAUUAUAGAAUAAACAGGGAUGAAGAGGAAUGAUACAGAAUAAUUAUUUAUUUAUUUUUUAUUAUUAUUUAUUUUUUUACAUAGGGUGACACCCACAGAUUUUGCUUCAGUCUGUCUAGAUACCACAGUCUGAUUAAAUAUGUUUAGAAUGAUCUGACUCAUGUCAGUUGGCUCCUGUAGAUGGUGUCUGUGAUUCUCACCCGCCCAGUCCAGUUUUGUGUUGAUUUGUACAGUCUGUAUAUUCGCCCUCCAGCUCCUCUACUUCCUCCCAUCACUGCAUGUGCAUGGAGACGUGUGCUAGAAGCUUCCUGCUUCCACAUUAGUUGACAUUCUAUCACCGUAUGAAUUUAGAACAACAUUAACCUUCAUUAAAGUGGCUUGUGUGACGAGCAUCCACAAUUAACUUUCUUUUUUAGCUCUGUUUUUGGGCUCCACCAGCUAGUCACUUCAGCCAAAUAAUAGGUCUGGACAUUUUCCAAAUUUGCCUUUCACAUUUGAAGAAUGCAGGAGGAGAUUGUCCGAGUCAGAUCAGUUCACAACAGCAUGGCAACAUUUCCAGAGCGUUCAGUAGAGGGGUCGCGCCUGGGUAGAGGAGCCCACUUGCUCACUGUGAAUCUUCACGAGGUUUUGUCUGUUGCUAUAUUCUCACAUGGGUUCAUCUGUCCGGAAAAUUUAAACCUGGGGAAAAAAAACUUGAGGAAAAUGUCCGGAGCAACAUUUGUGGACAGUUGAUUGUAUUCGUAGACUUGCUAAUAAAUGUCCAUAUGUCCUGUUGAUAAUCACCAGCAGGAAGCUAAGGCGAAAGAUGUUGUUUCGUUUGGUAGCUCACUCAUGAUGUAAACCAUCAUGAUGUGGUGUGUUUUUUCUCUCUAGGGUGAUUAAUCUUGCCAAUAGACAAUCUUUGUCAUAGCUCUGCCAACAAAAAAUUAUAUAAUUUCAGUCAUAAUUUCAAACUAAAGGCACUGCCUCCUCCAUAACCUUUAUAGUCCUGCACGUUAGGUGGUUUCAUUUGAAAUAAGAUUUUCUUUUCUCCAACUCCACCAGCUGACUGGAGUUUGUGUGCAUGUUACCAUAACAGCCAGUUUAAUAGGCCUGCCACAAAGUCAUCUGAUUGUUCUGAGCUUUUCUCUUGGCUUCUGGGCAGAAAAGGAGCUGAGGAGUUUUUUGGCAGCAUAAAAAUAUCUGAACCCCCUUAUAUAUAUAUUUUUUUUUUAGUUCAGUUAUUUUGGGGAGAUGUUUGGACAAUAUCAGAGAAGAUUUUGUGAUGGAGAAACAGAAGAAAACAGUAAGAAUAGGAAACCACACACCAGACACGCAGCCGAUCAUCGUGGUUGAAGUAAAGAAACCAAUCCCCAGGAUGCGAGUUGUGAAACCAAAGGAGAGGAUUAAAGUCACCACACUAAACAAGGGCACAACUACAUGUGAGACAUCAGGCAAUAUAAUGAAGCUUUGUGUCAACUUAAUGCCAGUUUUAGCUUCAGCCAAGGAGCCUGCGGAAGAUGAGGAGGAGAAAGACGAGGAUAUCAGCUGUACAGGUGAAGCGGAACCAAAAACCAGCAGCGAAAAAGAUCCUUUUGUCACCAAACUAGUGCAACUAACAUUCAAUACAAGUGACUCUUAUGCAGGAUUAACUCUGGACAGAGCCACCGAACGCACGCGAUCACUCAACCCUCUGUUCGUGCUGCCAGCUAUAACUCAACCUGCAGCAGCUCCUGAGUGUUGUGACCAUCACAGGCAUCACAGGACCAGGAGCUUCUCUUCAUCUCUACCUCCCAUCACUUCAUCUGAGAAAACAACAACCACCUCCUCUCCAAACUUUACAACCAAAGACUGUGGAGGCGACGCAGCAGUUACAGGACAAGUGUCACUAGACAGCAGGCCCUGGAUAGAUAAUGUCCUGUUCUCUAAAAGUAGAUCUGCCGAGUUUCGUCUUCCUGACAUCUCCUUGUCCAGUCUGGAUGCUCUGCUGCAGACUGUCACACAGAAACUGGCGAGGAAGAGGAGAGGCGGCGGCCAAGAAAGACCCUGGGCACGAGUCCAGUCUGAUCACCUCCUCAUGGCUGCGUGGGAACAACGUCUGGGAGAGAAGAGGGUCGACCCAGCAAACAUUGAAGCAGCAACAGAAAUAUCAGUGGCUGGACUCGGUGUGAACAGACAGAGAAGCCUCCGUCCUAAACCCACACUCAUCCUCACUAUGACGAAGAAAAACCUCCUGACUAACACUGUGAUGCAGUGACUCGCCAAAAAA